AAAGACUGCUGACAGCUAAUUCUUCACUUCUGAACGUCGAUGCGAUUUAUUUCUUUAAAACAUGUACAAAAUGCCUAGUACUAAAGUAGUGUAGCUAGACAUUAACAGUUAAUCUCUAUUUUUUGAAGGUAGUGCUAAAACCAUUGUUCUUUUAAUUCCCUCAGUUUAUAUGCCAUCUGGCUAGCUAGCUAGCUAACGUUAGCGUUGUUUUGUUUUGUUCUGCUCUUCGUGUCAGGAGGAAGUCUACAGUUUAGCUGUCAGUUUAAUAAAUGAGUUAAACUCUUUGUGGCCGAAGAAAGUGUACAGUUUUGUUACCAGUUUAACACAUGAAUCAAGCGCUUCGUGUCGAGAGAGAAUCUGCAGUGUAGCUACCAGUUUGACACAUGAGUGUUUCACUUGUUGUGAUCCGUUUGGAGCUCGCAGACCAAUCUCUUAUGCCGCAAGGCUUUCAGUACUGUGCUGAUGAGGAGAUGUCAGAAGAGGAGAAGAGAGAGAAAGCCCUGGGCUCUGCCAAGAUUGCACUGGCCGGCAAGACAGAACUGGAGAAAGCAGCCAUCCUCCAUCAGCAUAUUGGAAGCAGGGCCAUGUCCGACAUGGUUAUUGAGACUUUAACAUCUGGCCCAGAUACACCUGAUGAGAAGGAAGCUGAUCACCCCACUAACAAUGAAAGCAGCAGUUUGAAGGAGCAGACUGUUGGAACUCCAGUUCCUGAUUCGCCCUCCAAACAGCUUCCAGACCAGAUUUCCUUCUACAGUGGGAAUCCAUCAGUAGAGAUUGUCCAUGGCAUCAUGCACCUCUACAAGACAAACAAAAUGACAUCGCUGACGGAGGAUGUGAGGCGCAGUGCUAUGCUUUGUGUGCUUACUGUGCCCACAACUAUGACCAGCCAUGACCUUAUGAAGUUUGUGGCACCCUUCAAUGAUGUCAUGGAGCACAUGAAGAUUAUCCGGGAUUCCACACCCAACCAGUACAUGGUGCUUAUCAAGUUCAGCACCCAGGCUGAUGCUGACAGUUUCUAUACAGCCUGCAACGGCCGGCAGUUCAACUCCAUCGAGGAUGCUGUCUGCCAGUUAGUCUAUGUGGAGAGGGCAGAAGUGAUCAAGUCUGAAGAGGGGGCCAGCUUACCAGUAAUGGACUUGACUGAACUGCCCAAGUGUACCGUGUGUCUAGAGCGCAUGGAUGAGUCCGUGAACGGGGUACUUACCACUCUCUGCAACCACAGCUUUCACAGCCAGUGCUUGCUGCGCUGGGAGGAUGCCUCGUGCCCUGUGUGCAGGUACUGUCAGACCCCUGAGCCAGUGGAGGAGAAUAAGUGUUUUGAGUGCGGAGUGCAAGAGAACCUGUGGAUCUGUCUGAUCUGUGGUCACAUUGGCUGUGGCCGCUACGUUAGCCGCCACGCCUACAAGCAUUUUGAAGAGACGCAGCACACCUACGCCAUGCAGCUGACCAACCACCGUGUCUGGGACUACGCAGGAGAUAACUACGUGCAUCGGCUGGUUGCCAGCAAGACGGAUGGGAAAAUGGUGCAGUAUGAGUGUGAAGGCGACUCCUGCCAGGAUGAGAAAAUCGAUGCACUACAGCUUGAGUAUUCCUAUUUGCUGACCAGCCAGCUGGAAUCCCAGCGCAUUUACUGGGAAAAUAAAAUUGUUCAUCUAGAAAAAGAAACAGCCGAAGAGAUCAACAACAUGAAAGCCAAGUUUAAGGAGACCAUUGAGAAGUGCGACAAUUUGGAGCUCAGACUGAACGAACUAACCAAAGAGAAACAGUCCAUGGAAAAGAAAUGCACACAACUUAACAGCAAGGUGGCCAAGCUGGGCCAGGAGCUGAGGGAGGAGCAGGAGAUGAACCGCUGCCUGAGAGCCAAUCAGUUGCAGCUCCAGACGCAGCUGCAGGAGGAGGAGAGACGGGGCAGGGAGGCUGCCUCCCAAAAGGACGUUCAGAUCGCUGAGCUGCAAGAGCAGCUGCGUGACAUCAUGUUCUACUUGGAGACGCAGCAGCAGAUCAAUCAGAUGCCGGCUGACGCUCGCCAAGAGAUCCAGGAAGGACAGAUCAACAUCGCCUCGGCCCCUGCACCGCCCCAGCCCGGACCCUCUGCUACAGGCUCAAGCAAGCUGGGUAGCAGGAAGGGGCGUGCCAAGAGAGGGAAGUAGCCAAUCAAUGGAGUGGGCUAGCAUAAAUGACAGACUUGGGGAGACUGCCUCGAAACUGGAAUUGUCUAUAAAACUGACUUUUGGUCACCUUUUGUCAGCCCACUCAGCUGUCCACCAGUAGCUACUAGCAACCUAGUGCCUCUUGUGUAUAUAAGAGGUUGGAAAAGAUGCUGGCUGUACAAAGAGUAACGUACAUAUAGCACUAAUGAACCCUUCACAUCAGUGUGAGUCACUUUCCCAGUUUAUCAGAAAUAUAUUUUGGGCACUCGUGGCUCCAGUGAGGGUUCUGCUUAAUCAAGUCUCUUGUGUGUUAUUUGAAUGUAGUGUGCAGCAUUUAUGUUAAGGCUGUUGUAUGAUUGAAAAAGCCCAAAUUUGAUCAUCUUUUUCUGUACAAAAACUUUGCACAGCAACACUAUGAGCAAAACACAGUGGUAUUGCCUGUAUCUGUUUGAGUGUAAUUCUGAAUACUCAUUUAGUGCCUAGAAAAGACAUAUUUUGUACUUUUCUGAAGCCAAAAACUUAAGUAUUACUUGUAAUCUACUUAGAAAAAAGUCACAUUACCAAACUGUUGUUCUGACUUAGUUUAAUGCAAAAUGACGUACAUUCUUUACCUGAAUAGCCUAGAACAGUCCCUCUCACCACCUAUUUAAAAACAAUGUAGCAGGAGCUGCACAAGUGCUGCUGAAGCAUAUGUGCAGCCAGUUUCCAGUACAGUACUCAGCAGCAAGAAAAUGCUGAAAUCCUUGAGUUAAAGUUGAGAUUAUUACACCAAACUGAAAGCAAUGGUCCAGAGUUCUACUCAAAUAUGCAUCUGUCAGAUCCGUGUUGAUCAGAAAGUUAAGGUACAGUUUUAUUGCAACAUUAACUGUUGUGAAUGAUGAUGCAAACCUUCCCCUGUAAUGUAACUUGAUCUAUUAAAAAAACACUGGACUGAAA